AUGUUGCCUGUUAUUAAGAGAAAUCCUGAAGCAGAGAACUUCUUCAAAAGUAAAGAAGGCCAUCAGUGUGGGAACACCUUCAGCCUGAGGCCAGAUCUUACUGUGCUACAAAGAAAUCGUCCAGAAGUACAUCCUUUUGAGUGCUGUGCGUGUGAGAAAGCCUUCAUGGAUCACACAUCAUGUAACUGUCAUACCACAUCUCAAACUGGAUGCGGUACUGGUCACUGUAAGACAUGUGGAGAAGCCUGCAGUUAUCCCUCUCCCCUAACCGCUCCUGUGAAAAAUCCUCAUGAAGGUGAGGUGUAUGGGAAGGAUGUCAUUUGUAUCUCAAACCUUAAGAAUCAUGUGACAGCAUUCAGUGGUGAGAAAUGUGAACAUAACGAUGGUGGGAAAGAUUUCUGUAGUUUCUCCUCCUUUUGGAAUUCCAUGAGUGGUCAUAAGUUUGAAGGUACAGAAUGUUGUAAAACCUACAGUCGUCCUUCACCCUUAAUUUUACAUAAAACAUUGCGUAACAGAGGUAAGCCAUAUGAAUGUAAGGAAUGUGGAAAAACCUUUACUCGGUCCUCAAACCUCACAAUACAUAAAAGAAUUCAUGAGGGAGAGAGGCCAUAUGUAUGUAAGGAAUGCGGGAAAGCCUUCAGGUGUUCCUCACACCUCACCACACAUAUAAAAACUCACAAUGGGCAGAGGCCAUAUGAAUGCAAGGAAUGUGGGAAAGCUUUUAGUCAGGCCUCAUCCCUCACUCAACACAGAAGGACUCACAGUGGAGUGAGGCCUUACGAGUGUAGUGAAUGUGGGAAGGCCUUUAGUCAGUCCUCAAACCUAACCAUACAUAGAAGAAUUCACAGUGGAGAAAGGCCUUAUAAAUGUAACGAAUGUGGGAAAGCCUUUAGUUAUUCCACAGCCUUCAGUAACCAUAGAAGAACUCACAGUGGAGAGAAGCCUCAUGUAUGUAAAGAGUGUGGGAAGGCCUUUGGUCUUUCUUCACACCUCAUUGCACAUAUGAAAACUCACAGUAGUGAGAGGCCACAUGAAUGUAAAGAAUGUGGGAAAACCUUUAGUCGUUCCUAUAGCCUCUCUGAACACAUACGUAUUCACACUGGAGAAAGGCCUUAUGAAUGUAAGGAAUGUGGGAAAACCUUUAGUCAGGCCUCAUCCCUCACUCAGCAUAGAAGAACUCACAGUGGAGUGAGGCCUUAUGAGUGUACGGAAUGUUGGAAAGCCUUUAGUGAUAUGUCAGCCCUCACUCAACACAUACGAAUUCACAGUGGAGAGAAACCUUACAAAUGUAAGGAAUGUGGGAAAGCCUUUAGUUAUUCCUCAGCACUCAGUAACCAUAAAAGAACUCACAGUGCCCAGAAACCCUAUGAAUGUAUAGAAUGUGGGAAAGCUUUUCAUCGUUCCUCACACCUCCUUGUACACACGCAAACUCACAGUGGAGAAAAGCCUUAUGAAUGUAAGGAAUGUGGGAAGACAUUCAGGUGUUCCUCACACCUCACUACACACAGUAGGACUCACAGUGGAGAGAGGCCUUAUCAAUGUGAUGAAUGUGGCAAAGCUUUUACUCAGAGCUCAGCCCUCAUUAUACAUAAAAGAACACACACUGGACAGAGGCCUUAUGAAUGCAGGGAAUGUGGCAAAGCCUUCAGUCAAGCCUCCAACCUCACGAAACAUAGAAAAACUCACAGUGGGGGGCCUUAUAAAUGUGACGAGUGUGAGAAAACCUUUGGUCUUCCCUCAUAUCUCACUUCAUUUAUAAGAAUUCACAGUGGAGAGAUUAGUGUAUGUAAAA